AUGCCACUUCUCUCAGCAGAUCACCUGGCCGGUCCAGGCUACAUCAUCCUCAACGUUCAGAGGGGUUUGAACAUUAUCGCACUUGCUUCCGUGGUCGCCAGCAGUGUUGUAAUGCUUGUCAAGACAUUCAUUGUUUCCAAGUUCUUCUUCUUCGAUGCUACAAGCCACGUCAUUACAGCUAUUGUUGGCUUGUUCCUCAUUGUCUCCGAGUGCUCACUCUUCCGUAACUUUUACGCUCGCAAUUGGCCUCUCCUCAGCCCUGCCCAUGGUUUCGUGACAUUGGGCUGUGCCAUGAUGGUUCUCGGACUCAACAUGCUCGGCAACAUGAACAAGGAAGCCACGAGCCAGAAAACCCUCACUCUGCCCUUCUGGAGGCUGCUUGUGGCAUCUGGUAUCCUUGCCAUCGUCAUUGGCUUCUUCAAUGUUAUUGCAAGCUACGUCUUCUGCGACCGAUCUCGAGGCAUCACAGCUCGUCGUGUCCGCUCGCGAGGUGCCAUGACCCUUUCUGAAGUAGAUGCCGAAUCUCAGCAUUACGACUACGAUCCCAAGCACAAGGCCUUCACCAUUAGUACACAUCACACUGGCAGCAGCUCUUCUCGCUCGCACUUUGGCAACUCUCCACCAAUGCGCAAUGCCACACCGCCCAUGCGCAUGGGUACACCACCAGCAAUGGGUGCACCUACACCUCGUGUUGACUGCGGCUCACCUCAACCCGAAGCCCAGCAGCAGAACCCCAACCGUCUCUCUCAGUUCGCAUUCAGCCCCAUCUCGGCAUUCAAGAGCGUACGGGGUUCGUUCCUCCCCUCAUACCACAGUACCUCGCCACCCAAGCCCAGCUUCUUCGGCCAUCGCCCUUCAUCGUCAAUCUACUCGCGCACAACAUACGGUGGCGAGCCCGCGAAGAAGAAGUUCUGGCAGCGCAUGGCAAGGGAGGAAGAGCCCGAAGUUCCUCGCGUGCCGGCGGAGAUUUCGGGCCCGUUGAACAUAAACCCCCAGUUUGCACACCUGGUCAAGCCCAACCUUGCGCACCAUCCUAGCGUGAGGAGGCCUGAGGUGGACUUUGACAAGAUCUGA